UUUCCUUCAUCGUAUAACUCAUCCUAUCCACAACAACACAACAACCCGCCCAGAUUUUUCUUGCAACCUCUUGUUGCAAGCGCUUAUGACAGUCCAGGUCACCCUGAAAAGCGGGGACAAGGUCAAAGUUAACGACCAUGUGUAUUGUUCUCCGCCAUGGUCUGUUCGGGAUGGUACCCCGUACUCAGUAGCCCGCAUCAUGGAGUUCCUGCCACCGGAAGGGGCAGGGAAGGGCAAGGGGAAAGGAAAGGAACUAUAUACCCGAGUUCGAUUGGCUUGGUAUUAUCGUCCAAGCGACGUCAGUGAUCGUCCGGUCGCAGAUUCCCGCCUCCUUCUAGCCGCAAUAUAUUCAGAGAUCUGCGACAUAAAUCAACUUCGCUCCCGGUGCCAUGUUUUGCACAGGGAUAAAAUAACCGACCUAGCUGGAUGGAAGAAGCGUCCCGACAGAUUUUAUUUCAAUCGUCUUUUUGAUCCUUAUAUCAAGAAGGAGUUUGAGGUUAUUCAAUCGACUGACAUUCGAAAUCUGCCCGAUCACAUCAGACAGGUUUUAACUUCGAGAUACGAAUAUGUGGUAGCUGAGAAAGAUGUGGUUCCCGAUCUCACCGACGCUCUGCGGUUGUGUGAGACUUGCAGUGAAUGGUGUGCAAAUCCUGACACAGUAGGGUGUGAUAGAUGCAAGAUGUUUUUCCACAUGAGCUGUGUUCAACCUCCACUUCUCGCAAAGCCAUCACGUGGUUACGGCUGGACAUGCGCCCCUUGCUCUAAGCGCCACGAGGAGGAGGUAGAUAAACAUGCUGUUCGGCAUCCGACUCCCAUCACCAAGCCAAAGUCUAAUGCACCUGCUCCGCGAGGUCGAGGACGCCCGCGCAAGGACAGGAGCCUUGCUGAAAAGGAAGAAAACGUCGAGAUCAAGUACUUUAAAAUGUGGCCGUUUCGGUACUUUGGGCAAUACACAGUGGCUGAAGAUACACUUGAUCCUGACGAUCUUAUUUUCCCUCGAUCGGCUACUCGUGUUGGUCCUAAAUAUCAAGCUACUGUUCCAACUACGCUUGAUGUGCCUGCGCCUUCAGAUCUGGAACAGCGGGGCGGAGAUAAUACUGUUGAAGUUCUGAGCGCGAUCAACAGCUUGACGGAUGAAGAAAUCGUCGAAUUGGAAGCUUGGAAGUUGGUAUUGAGCAGAAAGCAGGAAAAAUUGCAUAACGUAGACUGGCUGACCGAGGCUAUCAGGCGGUUUUCUCAGGCACAUCUGAUGAAUCGUGGGUGGUCUACCGUUGAUAUGAGUGUUCCCACCCGCGCAGAGAAGUGGAAGAAGGGCGAAACGAGGUAUACCGACCGGGAGUGGACCGCAGACGAAGUAGCGGCUUUUGAGGAUGGCAUUUUCCUCUAUGGGCCUGAACUUCGGGCUGUACACGACGAAAUCGGUACUCGUUCCGUGCCCGAGGUUGUGCGGUUCUAUGCGCACUGGAAAAACUCGAGACUAAAGGAAGAGAAUGCCCAAAUCAGAGAUAUGAGACUCAAGGGCAAGGACAACAACAAAGAUGAAGUACCCUCCGCCAAUGUUGCUGAUCAGUUCGACGACGACGAAGGUUCAGUCAUUCCUGGAUUUUCCAGGCACAACAAUAGUUGUGGCGCAUGCCGCACUCGUGAAUCCGAACAUUGGUGGAGGGCUCCCAAAGGGCUUGUUACUGACAUUCUCUGCGAUGCUUGCGGGACGAACUGGCGUAAAUAUGCGGACCUUAAUGUCCGUCCAGUCCGUGAAGACGCCCAGGCGCCCAGCAAGAAAGGCUCGGAUAAACGUGAGGGGACACCCCUCAAUGGACCUAAUGCGAAACGAGUGAAGACCUCAACAUCAGCUUCCGUCAAUGCAACACCUCCCCCUAAUGUUCCAGUGGCCCCACAGCUCCGCUGUUUGGCAUGCCAGAAAAAUGGACCAGUGGGUAAGGUGCUGAGGUGUAGCCAGUGUCAAUUCCGAGUGCAUGCAGCAUCGUGCGGCGUCCACGUGGACAAGAACGUCGUUGAGUCGUGGAUAUGCGACAUUUGCCAGAACCAGGAGACUAUGGAAUCAUCUCAGAAUACUGACUGUUUGCUCUGCCCACGGCGCAAAUCCAAGAAGAAGGCGCAAUACCCCAACGCUGAUUCGUUCUUACGUGCUUCCAAGCCUACUGAAGGGCAAGGGUGGGCACAUGUGCUAUGUGCUGUCUUUACGCCCGAGAUUAGCUUCUCGGAUGUGUCACAGCUCCGACUCGUUGAGGGUAUUAGCACUAUACCCAGACAGAGAUGGACAUCUAGAUGUACUAUAUGCGGCGAAACCAGCGGUGCAGUUAUCCGAUGCAGUGACUGCGUACGGGAAUACCAUACAUCUUGUGCUUGGAGGAACGGUCACCGUUUUGGGUUUGAAAUCCAGCCGGUGCGUCAUCCACGUCGGGAUGGUAUGAUUACCACCUUCAAGGGUGAGACUGGCAACAUGGUUCCUAUUGUAUGUUGCCAAGAACACGAGAACAGCAGGAGGGAACUAUAUGACGUAUGUGAAACCGAUGAGACUGGAGAGACUGCUCUGCAAGUCUACUGCCAAACCUAUAAACAAGCGCCCGUAACUCAGGCGCAUGCUCUACUUCGGAAAGCUAGGAGACUCGACCAAACCCUAAACAUCCGCAUGGACGGCCCUUCGUCGGCUGAUGAUUCGGCUGAACCUGCGCUAGAAUGCCAUAUGUGCUUGACACAAUACUCCCCUGCAUUCUAUCCGAGUAAACACUACUCGGAUCUUUGGCGGUGCCACAAAUGCCACUUUGAGCACCAAGCGAAUGGCGCUGGCGCUGGCCAUUCUCCGGCUGAUAGUCUUUCUCCCCUUGAUGACACGAUGGAUGUAUAAAUGGAAUUCUGAUGGGGCACGGGCCUUUUUUCCCUGUGGAAUACCCUGUUGGAUUUUGUACAGUACUUAUGUUGAUUCAAGAACGAACUUCUAUACUUUGGUGGGAGGCUGUUCAGUUAUGUAAUCGGGAUUGUCACAGAACGUCUUGUCAUCUUUCGCAC